UUUUUAGGUCUUGCUAUAUUAAGACAUUGUAACUGUAAAAUAGUGUUAUCUACUUCUAUACAUAGCACAGAGCAUUUAUUGUAGUUACAUGAUUUAAAAACUUCAUCUUUCUUGUUCUUAAACCAAACUUUCAUAGCCAAUACUAAGAGAGACUACUGUGCCCAAAACCUUCUAUGGAUACCCAAACAGACAAGAGUCAGACACAAAAGGAAGAUCAGAAACACCCACAUGACUCAGUUCCUCAUCUUCUACUAGAUCUAAGUCUCUCCAGCAAGGAUUCAGGUGAUGACUCAAAACCAGAACUCAACCUCCUCAAUUGUUUGGAUACAAAUUUAUCAGAAAACUCCUCAGAAUCUAGUCAAGGAAAUGAACUGGAUCCCCGGGUAUUCUCAUGCAACUACUGCCAGAGAAAAUUUUAUAGUUCCCAGGCAUUAGGGGGACACCAAAAUGCACACAAGCGUGAAAGAACUUUGGCAAGAAGAGGAUACAAAGCUGGUGCUGCAGUUUCAUUAGAUUUUGGACAGAGGUACUCUAGUAUGGCUUCUCUUCCUUCACAUGGCUUAUGUAACAAACCACUUGGAAUUCAGGUGCAUUCUAUGAUUAACAAACCUUCUUAUCAAACACCCUUUUUUGGUUUGUGUCGUUCCCAUGGCCAAAACGGGUGGCUGAGGCAGCCUUUGAAUUCACAACCAGCUAUUGGGAAGCUUUCAUGGGGCAAUUUUCAUGGUGGAACAGAAACUGAAUCAUCCUUGGCCGGUGGCAUUUCAAGGUUGGGGAAGUUUUCUACAAGGCUUGUAACAGAAGGAUUUGGAGGUUACUGGUUGGAUAGCAUUACCCAUUUGAAGUCUAAACAAGAGAAGUUGCAGAAGCUUGACUUGUCCCUCAAGCUCUAAGUAGUCACCCUUCAACAUGCCAUAACCAAGUUUAUUCCUGUCUUUUCUCAUUGGCCAAGAGCUUUCUACCUUUUUACUUUUUACUUCUUUUGUCCUCAUGUAUCUCUUGUUCC